UUUACUAUAUUUGACAAAUUGAUACACUAAGGAUCAAAUCGGUUUUAAUAGAUAUUUCAAUUUCAUAAAAUUUAAGAAUGGUGAAUAAAACAUCUGGAGAUGCCAAGGUUGCUGCCGUUAAAAAGGCAAAGGCUGCAGCCAGUGGAGUCAAGAAGUCCUUGGCUGUUAAGAAGCAUAAGGUCAGAAGAAAUACCCACUUCUUCAGAGGCCGUACUUUGAGCUUGAAGAGAACCCCCAAGUUUGAGAGAAAGGUUAAGACCGCCUAUACCAAGAAGUUGGACAAGUUCUCUAUCAUUCGCUAUCCAUUGACUACUGAGAGCGCUAUGAAAAUGAUUGAAGAGAUCAAUACUCUUGUUUUCAUCGUUGACCCACGUGCCAGCAAGCCAAAAAUUGCCAAGGCUGUUACUCAGCUCUAUGAUGUCGAACCAGUCCAUGUCAACACCCUCAUUAGACCUGAUGGUCAAAAGAAGGCCUUUGUAAGAUUGUCCCCUGAUCAGGACGCAUUGGAUGUAGCAAACAAGAUCGGCAUUAUUUAAGCAGUGAACAUAUCAUAUACGUGCUAGCAUUUAGUCUUAAGUUUUAGAGAAUGCC